AUGUCAUUUUUAUUAUUUUUGAUUUUUGUUUUAAUUGCUAUUUCUUUAUGUCAAAGUGAACUUAAUACUAGAAAAGGAAAACAUAAUUUUGAUUUUAAUGAUACAUACUGUCCUCAAUGUAGAACCCGUGUGAAUAAAGAUAAAACUAAGACAUUUUUGGAUAUCAGAAAAAAGUUUACAGAAUACUUUAGUGGUGAUGAAGACUGUGGAAAAACUGAAGAAAGAGAACUAAAAUUUGAAAUAUGUCCAGACUAUGACUAUUCUGAUUACAUCUUUAAUGCAACGUGGAGCUCUUCUUGUAUGUGUGCCGAACGUGAUCAACGGAUGAUAAUCACAUUAGAUGAUCAAAGUAACCUUUUUUGUUGUGCUCCUAAUUGCCCAAAAAUUGAAUCUCGAGGAUUUUUCAUACCAAUUUUACAAGGAUUCAUUGUUUGGGGAAUUUCAUUUAUUCUGGAAAGAUUUGUAUUCGAUAUUAAGCAAGAUACAUGUUGCUAUGAAACUUCAACAUCAGCUGUGACUACUUUGAAGACUACGAAAUCAACUAUUGAAUCUACAACUUUACCUUCGAUUGAUCCAUGCGAAGAAUUUUAAGCAAACUUUUUAAACUUAGUCUUUGCAAAUUAAUAAAUAAAAAUACUUUUUGCGAAU